UAAUUUUUAUUUCAUUUCUUUAUAUGUGAAGAAAAAUGUUGGGUUAUGUAAUGAACUCCCUCAAAGCUUUAUACGGAAAAAAAAGUGCGUUCUUAAUUCAUUUAAUUGUAAAGGUUUAUUUUUUUUUGGGUUCCCCCUUUUCCUGUUUCACGUGGGGCACUAGUUAGCGCGACACCACGCCUGAAAGCUCCGUGUUUUCCCGGGCAUUUCACAGUCUCAUGGUGAAUGCUGAAUGGGUAAGAUGCGAUUCACUCUCUCUCUUGUAAAUAUCCCUCUUUUAGAGUAUUAAAGCUCUAUAACCUGUAGUAAUUUGCCAAGUAAGGAUGUUAUAACAUCAGAGUGAAGCUGUAUCGCUGUUUUCGCUAAAGUUACAGCUUAGAUGGCAUUUUUAAACCCAGCAUUUAUGCUAAUGAGUUUCCACUUUGUGCAGGAGAGGGAAAGAGAGGGUGUGUCUACGUGCGUGUGUGCAUGUGCUAACUCUGCCCAUGUAUUGUGUUCAGAUCUGUUUGCCAUGGAGAUGACAACUGAUGAAGAUGCUCUGUUUGAAGAUCUGGAUUUUGCUGCUGAUGACUCCUCCCUAUUUUCUGACUACACUACGCCCCUCUCUGGCCUAAUCAACAAUGUCACUUGGCUCCGCCCACAGGAAAUCUGUAGGAGUCCGUGCCUCUUCCCUGAUGACAUAACUGAGGCCUACCCAAAGCAAGGCAUCCUGGGAGACUGCUGGCUGCUGUGUGCUUGUUCCAUGCUGCUGAAGAGCCAUCAUCUGCUUGAUCAGGUGAUGCCUCCAGGUCAGCAUGUGUGGGGGGAGAAAGGUUAUCGUGGUCAGUUCCGGUUCCAGUUCUGGAGAAAUGGGCGUUGGACAGAGGUCCGAGUGGAUGAUCGUCUGCCCUGUGUCAAAAACACCCUCUGCUUUUCCCGUUGCCACCAACCCUCAGCAUUCUGGGUGGCAUUGCUGGAGAAAGCAUAUGCCAAGCUGUGCGGUUCGUACGAGCAUUUGUGGGCAGGGCAGGUGUGUGAGGCGGUGGUGGACCUGAGUGGGGGUGUGGCUGAACGUUGGAGUUUAACACAUGCAGAGGACACACUCAGUGGGAGAAGUUUGUUUCCAGAGCUUUCCAAUGAGAUGAGGAAGCGAAGUUACAUCAGCUGUUGUGUACACAGAGCCCUUUCAGGUUCCUCAGAGCAGGGUCAGUUCCAUGCUUUGAGUGUUAUGGAAUGGACAGAUGUUAAAACAAGUGCUGGAGACCAAGUGCGACUCCUGCGGAUAAGGAACCCCUGGGGGCGAAAGGCUUGGAAUGGGGCCUGGACUGAGAGUGGAUCAGGGUGGAAUUGCCUGGACCCCUCAUGCUCUGCAGAUCUGUUGGGCCGCACACAGGAAGGGGAAUUCUGGGUAGAUGAAAUGGAAUUUCGGCAGGAAUUUGACGAGGUUACUGUAGGAUAUCCAAUCAGUGAGGAUUGGCAUCUUCAGAGCAUUUACACAGGGUCGUUGUUGACCCACAGCCAGCAGAUUAGUGGUGCCUGGGUCAAAGGUCAGUCAGCAGGGGGCUGCCGUAACAACAGCAGCUACAGCAGCAAUCCGAAAUUUUGGUUGAAGGUUCGGGAGGGAGGUGAGGUGCUGCUGUCACUCCUGCAGCACAGAUCAGUGAGCACCAUGUGUAAUUCCAAACAGCGACCAACAGAUGGCAGCACUAAACAGCACUUGUGUCAGGCCAUAGCACUGCAUGUUUGGAAGGUGGACAAAAAACACUAUAACUUGAUGCAGACUCUGAACUCUACACCCUGCGCCUCCACACGCACACACGUGUACGAGCGUGAGGUGGUGGUGCACACACACUUAAGCUCUGGGUUCUACCUGCUGGUACCAAGCACCUUCCUACAGGGUGCAGAGGGGCAGUUUCUUCUCCGAGUGCACUCUACCCACCCAGCCUACCUCAGUGCAGUAAAGGUGUGUACCCAGCAGGAGUGUACGGGUGGAGAGUGGGAGGCAGUCACAGUGUGCGGCCGCUGGACAGCCGGUUCCACAGCUGGAGGAAGUCGAAACUUCAGCUCACAUGGACAAAACCCUCGUGUUCCUCUCAAUAUCACGUAUGACCCUGGGGGCACCAAUGUUAAGAUCACGCUUCGCCAGCACAGUCCGGAGAAUGCUCUUCAUGCCAUCGGGUUUCAUGUUUAUAAGAUCCCCGAUGGCAAAGCAGACUCCGUGGUGAUCUCUACUCUGUGCCCCGUGGUGAGCUGUGUUCCUCAUGCCCACUCUCAGGAGGUCUGUGUGCAGUGUAGACUGCCCCCUGCUGGUUACAUCAUCCUGCCCUCUACAUACCAGCCUGAUUGCAGUGCGGAGUACACCAUUACCAUCUCACGGAGAAUACACAGGAAAGCAAUAAACAGUCAGGAGUGUUUGGGACGCACUGUUCAGGAGAUUUCUCACGUCUCUGUGAUGGGGCUGUAGUUUGGAGGGUGUGCUCCUCUUCUUUCACGCUUCCUGCUGACGUGCCUCGCUCUGAUCCUGGCCAUAGAUAAAAGCUAAAGGAGUCGCACGUCCUGUCUAUCGGCCCGACUCUAAUGGAAGCCGACGGCACUCGGCCCGGACGCGUAACGGGAGCUAUUGAAGCUGCCGCCCCUGGCAUGGUCGGUACCGUGGACUUCACAAGCGCAGUGCUGUUGCACAAUGAUCAGUUGAGAGCAAAGAACAUCGAGAACAAAGACAUCUCACAGAGAGCUAGCGUUAGCGGCUGACCUAUACAGCCCCGGUGUGCCUGCCAAGUCCUGGCACAGUUAAACCAGGUUUAGGAGAGGGAAGGACGAUGCUGAACAAGUGGGAACCCGCUUCUUUUGAAGUCACCGACGGCUGUGUUUUUGAAGGGCCACAGACAGGCUGCAUGCUGCUGUGUUUCGGGAUGGGCAAAUACCUGCAUGGUCUUGUGUACAGUGUAUGCUGUGACCUGUUCUUUUUUCCAGUGUGUUUUAGAAAGAGAACAUAUAAAACUACGCACAGUGAGUGACCAGAAGCAAGGUACAAAAGCAGUUCCUAAGGAUCCAUGUUGCUGUGUGGCAUCCAUACUAUCAGCCCGCAUUUAUUGCAUCUUCUCCCUUUUUCUCCCCAUUUUUAGUGCGUCCAAUUUUUACCCGAUUGCGUCAUGCUUCCUCUCUACUGGUACUAACCCCGCCCCUAACUAAGGAGAGCGAACUGACACACGUGAGCAGUAACCGACUGCAUCUUUUCACCUGCACGAGGCGAGUUAUCAUGCCAAUCAGCCUUUUGCACGGCGUGCCACACCCUGAUCAGCAUUAUUCCUCUACUCUGUGCAGACGGCAUCAAUCAGCCAUCAGAGGUCGUAAUUGCAUCAGUUAUGAGCUCCCUACCUGGAUGAACAACAGCCAAACGACGUUCAUAUAGCCGCCCAGCCGGAUGACAGAGCCGAGAUUUGAUACGAUGUAUUCGAAAUCCCAGCUCUGGUGUGCUAGUGUAUUUUACAGCUGCACCACCUGAGCGGCCUACAGGUAUUUUAAUACGUAUAAUAUUGGUAGUUUUUGUGCCACACGGGUGAUGCAUCUGUAAGAUAUGCUUGCCCACUACUCCUGGGAUCUAGGGCUUAAUACCCCAGCUGUGUUAUCAGUCAUACAGACAUGAUUGGCUAUCUCUUGAUGCCCUAUGGUGAUGGAAUGGCAUCUUAUCCAGGAUGUGCAUUGGGCUUUACUGCAUUGGGUCCAGUGAUUCCAGGGAAAUCGAACCCCCAACAUAAAUAAUAUGGUGCCACAAAGCUCCAGAGUCCAGAGGACCCAAGUUUGUACCUUGACCCAGUCAAAAUCUGUAACAAGGUCGGUACGCAAGUCUGGUUUCCCCGCUUACAUGUGGGGGAGUUGUCUUGGCUAUUUGUGUAAAUGAUUCAGUAAACUAGCUAGUGUGUGAUGAAUUGACACCAUGUUCAAGUUUGCUCUUUGCACUUAGUGUUUCUUAGUGUUUUAACCACAGGACCCACCACAACCCUGAUCAGAAGGAACUACUGUAUAACUGUAGAUGAUAAAUGAGAGUGAAAGUC